CUACAGAGCUCAGGACCCAGCUCAUCUCCAGUUUGAAAGAGGGCUCGCUUUCUCUCCACCUGCUCUAUUCUAUGCCUGAUAUCAGAAGGCAGCAAACAUGAAAAGCAUUUACUUUGUGGCUGGAUUAUUUGUGAUGCUGGCCCAAGGCAGCUGGCAGCAUUCCCCUCAGGACACAGAGGAGAAGUCCAGCUUGUACCCAGCUCCCCAUGCAGUCUCGCUCACUAAUCUGCAUCAGAUACAUAAAGAGAAGCGCAACUCUGAAGAAGAAAGGAUCCUCAGUGAGUUCGACGAGUUUCUGCAAAACGAAUGUGUCCAGGAAUUCGUGACUUGGUUGCUGGAUGAAAAAAAGAUUGGCAUUGCCAAACGUCAUGAUGAAUUUGAGAGACACGCUGAAGGGACCUUUACCAGUGAUUUAAGUUCUUAUUUGGAAGGCCAGGCUGCCAAGGAACCCAUUGCUUGGCUAGAGAAAGCCCUAGGAAGGCAAGAGUUAAACGUUCCUGAAACGGUCCGCCGCAGACAUGUCGAUGGCUCUUUGUCCGAUGAAAUGAAUACAGUUCAUGAUAUUCUUGCCAACCAGGAAUAUAUAAAGUGGCUGCUGCAAAACAAAAUUACUGACAGGAAGUAAGUAUGUCACUACUCAAGAUCAUCUUCAUAACAUCACCUACCAGCCACAUGGGAUGUUUGAAAUUUUAAGUUCUGUAAAUUUAAGAGGUGUAUUCUGAAGCCAUGUUGCUUUGCAUGCCAAUGAAUAGAUUGCCUUUUAAGGUUGUGUUGCCAAAAGAGUAUAAAUGGAAUAAACCAUUAUCAAACUAUUGUUAAAAUAUCAGCUUUAAAAUAUAAAAGUGCAAAAUCUUAUUUUCUUCUUGUUUUGGAUAAAG